AUGCCGCGCGCCGCGCCCGCCCGCCUGGCGCUCGCCCUGGGCCUGGGCCUGUGGCUCGGCGCGCUGGCGGGGGGCCCCGGGCGCGGCUGCGGGCCGUGCGCGCCCGCCUGCCGCUGCGCCCCGGCGCCCGGCGCCGCCUGCCGCGUCGACUGCGCGGGCCGCGGGCUGCGGGCGCUCGGGCCCGCGCUGCGCAUCCCCGCCGGCGCCACCGCGCUAGACGUGUCCCACAACCUGCUACGGGCGCUGGACGGCGGGUUCCUGGCCAACCUCUCAGCGCUGACGCAGCUGGACAUAAGCAACAACAGGAUCUCUGCAUUGGAAGAAGGAAUAUUUGCUAACUUACUUAAUUUAAGCGAAAUAAACCUGGGUGGGAACCCGCUGGCCUGCGACUGCGGCCUGGCCUGGCUGCCGCGCUGGGUGGAGCAGCGGCGGGUGCGGCUGGUGCGGCCCGAGGUGGCCACGUGUGCUGGGCCCGGCCCCCUGGCCGGCCGGCCCCUGCUCAGCGUCCCCUGGUCUGGAAGCUGUGGUGAGGAGUACGUGGCCUGCCUCCCAGACAACAGCUCGCAAGCGCUGGCGCCCGUGGCCUUCACAGCUGUCCACAAGAGCCCGCUGAGGCCCCAGGCCUGCAGUGCCCUCUGCUUUGGGGUUGGCCAGGGCCUCGCGGCCCUCUCUGAGCAGGGCUGGUGCCUGUGCGGGGCCCCCCAGCACCCCAAUGCCUCGUCCUGCCAGCCCUUCUGCUCAGGCCCCUCGCCGCCCCCCGCCUGCGGGGCCCCCACCCUCCUCCAGGACGUCUUCCCAGCCUCCCCAGGGGCUGCCCUGGUGGGGCCCCCCGGACCCCUGGCCUCUGGCCAGGCCGCAACCUUCCACAUCACCGCCCCGCUGCCCGUCAGCUCCACACGCUGGGACUUUGGCGACGGCUCCCCGGAGGUGGCUGUUGCGGGUCCGACGGCCACCCACCGUUACGUACUGCCUGGGCGCUACGCUGUGGCUGUCCAUCUGGCCGUGGGGGCCGGCUGGGCCCGGCUGGGGGCAGAGGUGCGGGUGGAGGCCGCGCCUGCCGCCCUGGAGCUCCUGUGUCAGGCCUCCGUGACCAGCGACCAGGCCCUGGAGCUGGGCGUCCGGAAUCGGGGCGGCUCGGACCUUGAGGCCACCUACCGCAUCAUGUCCUUGGACGGGGAGCCGCCCCAGGUGGUGCACCCGCUCUGCCCGCCGGACACCGCCAUCUUCCCCAGCAACGGGCACUGCUACCGCCUGGUGGCCGAGAAGGCGGCCUGGCUCCAGGCGCAGGAGCAGUGCCGGGCCUGGGCUGGGGCUGCCCUGGCCAUGGUGGACAGUGCCGCCGUGCAGCACUUCCUGGUCUCGCAGGUCACCAGGAGCCUGGACGUGUGGAUAGGCUUCUCGGCGGUGGACGGGGUGGAGGCGGGCCCGGCGCCGCGGGGCGAGACCUUCAGCCUGGAGAGCUGCCAGAACUGGCUGCCCGGGGAGCCGCACCCCGCCACGGCUGAGCGCUGUGUGCGCCUGGGGCCUGCCGGGCAGUGCAACACGGACCUGUGCUCCUCGCCACACAGCUUCGUCUGCGAGCUGCGCCCCGGAGGACCCGUGUGGGAUGCACAGACCUUCCUGGUGGGAGCGCCCAGCGGGGACCUGCAGGGGCCCCUAAGCCCCCUGGCACAACUGGAGGCCCUCUCAGCCGCCCGGGGCCCUGUGGAGGUGCUGGUGCUCCCGGGCCUGGGCCGCGAGGCCUUCAUCACCGCGGCUGAGUUUGGGACCCAGGAGCUCGACCAGCCUGUUCAGCUGAGGCUGCAGGUGUUCCGGCCCCGGGCAGGAGCAGCGUCCCCUGAGAACAGCAGUGACUCUGAGAGUAGGAGCCUGGACAACGGCACUGAGCUGGCCCCUGCGUGCCCACCUGAGGGGUGCCAGUGCCCCAGUUCCAACGUCUGCCUGCCACUGGGUGCCCCCUGCCACCCUCAGGCCUGCGCCAGCGGGCCCCAGGCAGGUCCCGGGGCCACCUUUGUGCUAUGGAAGGAGUCCCUCUUCACCGUGCCCCCAGGGCCCCCCGCCCAGUACUCGGUGGCCUUAGGGGGCCUGGAUGGCCCACUGCUCCCCGGGGACCUCGUGAGCUUGCAGCACGAUGCCGGCCCUGGUGCCCUCCUGCGGUGUCCCCCGGCGCCCGGCCCCGCCGCCCCACACUUCACCGCCCAUGCCUUGGCCUGGCUGGCCCACCUGCCUGCCCAGCUGCAGCCCGCACCGGCCGGCCCCCACUGCGCCCUGCGGCUGCUGGCCGCCACGGAGCGGGUGACCCCGCUGCUGGGCCCAGGGCCCAACCCGGGUCUCCGGCGUCCUGGCCGCUACGAGGUCCAAGCCACAGUGGGCAACAGCGUGUCCAGGCACGACCUGUCCUGCCGCUUUGACGUGCUGUCCCCAGUGGCCGGGCUGCGGGUCCUGCACCCCACCCCCCAGGAUGGCCGCCGCUACGUCCCCACUGUGGGCUCAGUCUUGGUGCUCCAGGUGGACGCGGGGGCCAAUGCCACGGCCUCGGCACGCUGGCCUGGGGGCAACGCCAGCGCGCCCUUCUCAGCCGAGUGCCCUGCCCAGGCGGCUGCCCUGGUGCCCAGCUGUGCCCGGGAGGCCAAUGGCACCCUGUUCUCAGUGCUAGUGCUGCCCCGGCUCCCAGAGGGUGAGCUCACCAUGGAGGUGCUGGUGGAGAGCGGCGCCGGCCGGGCCCGCCUCAGCCUGCCGCUGAGGGCCGAGGAGCCCGUCUGUGGCCUGCGUGCCAUACCCAGCCCUGAGGCCCGAGUGCUGCAGGGCGUGCUGGUGAGGUACAGCCCGGUGGUGGAUGCAGGCUCGGACGUGGCCUUCCGCUGGACCAUCGACGACAAGCAGUCCUUCACCUUCCACAAUGUGGUCUUCAACGUCAUCUACCAGAGCACAGCCGUCUUCAAGCUCUCGCUGACUGCCUCCAACCAUGUGAGCAAUGUCACAGUGAGCUACAACGUCACGGUGGCGCGGAUGCACAGGAUGCGUGUCCUGCGCGUGUCUGCGGUGCCGCCUGUGCUGCCCUGCAAUGCCACGCUGGUGCUGGCCGCCGAGGUGCUGGUGGACACCGCAGUGGACAUCACUUUCCUGUGGACCUUUGGGGACGGAGAGCAGGUGACCAGCUGGUUCAAGCCCCCCUACAACGAGUCGUUCCAGGCACCAGACCCCGCGGUGGCCCAGGUGCAGGUGGAGCACAGCACCUCACACACCUAUACCGCCCCAGGUGAGUACAACCUGACCCUGCUGGUGUCCAACGCCUUCGAGAACCUGACGCGGCAGGUGCCCGUGAGCGUGCGAGCCGCCCUGCCCGCCGUGGUCGUGGCCGUGGGCAGCCGGGUCCUGGUGGCCGGCCGGCCCGUCGCCUUCUCCCCAGACCCGCUGCCCGCCCCAGGGGGCGUUCUCUACUCCUGGGACUUCGGGGACGGCUCUCCGGUGGCGCGGCGGCAGCAGCCUGUGGUCAGCCACACCUAUGCGGCGGGGGGCGCCUACCGCGUCUGCCUGGAGGCGAACAACACGGUGAGCAGCCGCGCCGCCUGUGCCCGCGUCCGUGUCCUAGAGGAGCUGCGCGGCCUGAGCGUGCGCCUGCCGCCGGCCGUGGAGCAGGGUGCGCCGGCUGUGGUCAGCGCCUCCCUGGAGUCAGGCGACAACGUCACGUGGACGUUCGACAUGGGGGACGGCACGGUGCUCACGGGCCCCGAGGCCACGGUGGAGCAUGUGUACCUGCGGGCGCAGAACAGCACGGUGACCGUGGAGGCGUCCAGCCCCGCCGGCCACCUGGCCCGCAGCCUGCCCGUGCAGGUGUUUGUGCUGGAGGUGCUGCGGCUCGAGCCGGCAGCCUGCAUCCCCACACAGCCCCGCGCCCGGCUCACGGCCCACGUCACAGGCGACCCGGCCCACUACGUCUUUGACUGGACCUUCGGGGAUGGCUCGUCCAACACCACCGUGCAGGGGGACCCCUCGGUGACCCACAAUUUCACGCGCAGCGGCACCUUCCCCCUGGCGCUGGUGCUGUCCAGCCGUGCCAACAAGGCGCACUACUUCACCAGCAUCUGCGUGGAGCCCGAGCUGGGCAACGUCACGCUGCGGCCCGAGCGGCAGUUCGUGCGGCUGGGGGACGUGGCCCGGCUGGCAGCGCGCGCCUGGCCCCCCUUCCCGUACCGCUUCACCUGGGACUCCGGGGCCGAGGACGCCGCCGCCCGCGCUGGGGGCCAGGAGGCGACGUUCACCUACCGAGAUGCAGGCUCCUACCUGGUGACGGUCACCGUGUCCAACAACGUCUCCGCUGCCAACGACUCGGCGCUGGUGGAGGUGCAGGAGCCCGUGGAGCUCACGGGCAUCGCAGUCAACGGCUCCCGGGCGCUGGAGCUGCAGCAGCCCCACCUGUUCUCGGUCCUGGGCCGGGGGCGCCCUGCCACCUACCUGUGGGAGCUGGGGGACGGCAGGCGCUUCGAGGGCCCUGCGGCCGUCACCCACACCUAUAGCAGCACGGGCUGCUUUGCCAUUAGGGUGUCUGGCUGGAACGAGGUGAGCCACGGCGAGGCCCGGCUCAAUGUCACGGUGCAGCGGCGGGUGCGGGGGCUCAGCGUGAACGCCAGCCGCACCGUGGUGCCGCUCAACAGCAGCGUGAGCUUUAGCACCGCCCUGGAGGCCGGCAGCGACGUGCACUACUCCUGGGUCCUCUGUGACCGCUGCACACCCAUCCCCGGCGGCCCCACCAUCUCCUACACCUUCCGCUCGGUGGGUACCUUCAACAUCAUCGUCACGGCCGAGAACGAGGUGGGCGCUGCCCAGGACAGCAUCUUCAUCUCCGUCCUGCGGCACAUCGAGGGCCUGCAGGUGGCUGGUGGCCGCGGCUGCUGCUUCCCCACCAACCUCACACUGCAGCUGCAGGCCACAGUCAGGGACGGCACCAAUGUCUCCUAUAGCUGGACUGCCCAGCGGGACGGCGGCGGCCCAACCCUGGUCGGCAGCGGCAGAGCCUUCUCACUCACCGUGCCCACGGCCGGCACCUACCACAUCCAGCUGCGGGCCACCAACAUGCUGGGCAGCGCCUCAGCCAACCGUACCGUGGACUUCGUGGAGCCCAUGGGCGGGCUGGCCGUGUCUGCCUCCCCCAACCCGGCGGCUGUCGGCACGCGGGUCGCCCUCGCUGCUCAGCUGGCCGGGGGCAGUGGCGUCGUCUACAUCUGGUCCCUGGAGGCAGGGCCAAGCUGGGAGACCCUGGGGCCGGCCACCACCCACAUCUUCCCCACCCCCGGGCUGCACUGGGUCACGGUCACAGCCCAGAACCAACUGGGCUCAGCCAAUGCCACCGUUGAGGUGGCCGUGCAGGUGCCCGUGAGUGGGCUCAGCAUCCAGGCUGGUGAGUCGGCUGCCCACGUCGUGGCGGCCGGCUCCGCCAUGUCUUUCUCGGGGCAGCUAGCUGCGGGCACCGACGUGAGUUGGUGCUGGGCCGUCCCGGCCGGAGAGAGGCGUGGCCAGCAUGUGGCCGUGGUCUUCCCUGAUGCCGGCGCCUUCUCCAUCCGCCUCAAUGCCUCCAACGCGGUCAGCUGGGCCACAGCCGCGCACAACCUCACCGUAGAGGUGCCUGUCCUGGGCCUGGCAUUGUGGGCAAGCAGCAAGGUGGUGGAGCCCGGGCAGCUGGUCCACUUCCAGGUGCUAUUGGCCGCUGGCUCGAUGGUCAGCUUCCAGCUGCAGGUCAACGGGGCCGGCCCCGAAACGCUGCCCGGGCCGCGCUUCUCCCGCAGCUUCCCACGGGUCGGGGACUAUUUGGUGGCUGUGCAGGCCGAGAAUCGGGUGAGCCGGGCCCAGGCGCAGGUGCGUGUCCUGGUGCUGGAGGCCGUGGCUGGGCUACAGGUGCCUGACUGCUGUGAGCCGGGCAUCGCCACGGGUGCCGAGCGCAACUUCACCGCCCGUGUGCAGCGGGGCUCCCGUGUGGCCUACGCCUGGUACUUCUCCCUGCAGAAGGUGCAGGGGGACUCGCUGGUCAUCCUGUCUGGCCGUGACGUGGCCUACACACCCGUGGCCGCGGGGCUGCUGGAGAUCCAUGUGCGUGCCUUUAACGAGCUUGGCGGGCAGAACUGCACGCUGGUGGUCCAGGUCCAGGACGUGAUCGAGCACGUGGUGCUGCGGGGUGGCCGCUGCUUCACCAACCGCUCUGCCCGCUUCCAGGCGGCCACCAGCCCCAGCCCCCGGCACGCGGCCUUCCGCUGGGACUUCGGGGACGGGGCGGCGCAGGACACGCGGGAGCCCUGGGCUGAGCAUACCUACCUGCGGCCUGGGGACUACCGCGUGGAGGUGAACGCCUCCAACUUGGUAAGCUUCUUUGUGGCCCAGGCCACGGUCACUGUGCAUGUGCUGGCCUGCAGCGAGCCCCAGGUGGACGUGGCCCUGCCUCUGCAAGUGCUCAUGCGGCGCGCCCAGCGCAACUACCUGGAGGCUCAUGUGGACCUGCGGGGCUGCGUCACCUACCAGACAGAGUACCGCUGGGAGGUGUACCGGGCGGCCAGCUGCCAGCGGCCCCGGCCCCUGACCCGCGUGGCCCUGCCUGGUGUGGACACUAGCCGGCCGCAGCUGGUGGUGCCGCGCCUGGCGCUGCCCGUGGGCCACUACUGCUUCGUGUUCGUGGUGGCGUUUGGGGACACACCACUGGCACGGAGCAUCCAGGCCAAUGUGACGGUGGCCCCCGAGCGCCUGGUCCCCAUUGUGGAGGGCGGCUCCUACCGCGUGUGGUCGGACACGCAGGACCUGGUGCUGGACGGCAGCAAGUCCUACGACCCCAACCUGGAGGACGGCGACCAGACACCGCUCAGCUUCCACUGGGCCUGCGAGGCCUCCACGCGGGACGCGAGCGGCGGGUGUGCGCUCAACUUCGGGCCCCGCGGGAGCAGCCUGGUCACCAUCCCCCGGGAGCGCCUGCAGGCCGGCGUGGAGUACACCUUCAGCCUGGCCGUGUGGAAGGCGGGCCGCAGGGAGGAGGCCACCAACCAGACGGUGCUGGUCCGGAGCGGCCGCGUGCCCAUCGUGUCCCUGGAGUGUGUGUCCUGCAGGGCGCAGGCCGUGUACGCGGUCAGUCGCAGCUCCUACGUGUACCUGGAGGGCCGCUGCGACAACUGCAGCGGCGGCGCCAAGCAAGGGCGCUGGGCCGCUCGUACCUUCAGCAACCGGACGCUGGUGCUGGAUGAGACAACCACGUCCACGGGCAGCUCGGACCUGCGGCUGGUGGUGCGGCGGGGCGUGCUGCGGGAUGGCGAGGGCUACGUCUUCACGCUGACUGUGCUGGGGCCCACGGGCCAGGAAGAGGGCUGCGCCUCCAUCCGUCUGGCCGCCAACCAGCCCCCACGGGGUGGCUCCUGCCGCCUCUUCCCGCUGGAGACCGUGCGCGCCCUCACCACCACGGUGCACUUCACCUGUGCGGGCUGGCAAGACGCUGAGGACGCGGGCGCACCCCUGGUGUAUGCCCUACUGCUGCGGCGCUGCCGCCAGGGCCACUGUGAGGAGUUUUGUGUCUACAAGGGCAGCCUCGCCGCCUACGGAGCUGUGCUGCCACCUGGCUUCGGGCCCCACUUCCUGGUGGGCCUGGCCGUGGUGGUGCAGGACCAGCUGGGCGCCGCCGUGGUGGCCCUCAACAGGUCUCUGGCCAUCACUCUGCCCGAGCCCCCUGGCGCCACCCCCGGCCGCCCUGCGGACCUCACGGCCUGGCUGCACAGCCUGACAGAGGGCAGGCUGCCCGGGCUGCUGCGGCAGGCUGACCCCCAGCACGUCAUCGAGUACUCACUGGCCCUCAUCGCUGUGCUCAAUGAGCACGAACAGAGCCUGGUGGCAGCUGAGGAACCUGAGCAGCAGCAGCAGCUCCGGGCCCAGAUACGCAAGAACGUCACAGAGACCCUGGUGUCUUUGCGCGUCCACACCGUGGACGACAUCCAGCAGAUCGCAGCCGCACUGGCACAGUGCACGGUGUCCCGCAGGGAGCUGGUCUGCCGCUCCUGCCUGAAGCCAACACUGCACAAGCUGGAGACCAUGAUGCGCAUCCUGCAGCAGGAGACGGCGGCCGGCACCGGGACGCCCACCGCCAUCGCUGACAGCAUCCUCAACAUCACAGGCGGCCUCAUCCACCUGGCCAGCGCGGACGUGCAGGAUGUGCAGGCCCCACCGCGCCCGGAGCCAGGCACCGAGCCGGACUCGCCAGCGCUGAUGGUGGCGUCCAGGGCUUACCACCUGUCCUCGGCUCUCAUGCGCAUUCUCAUGCGCUCGCGGGUGCUCAACGAGGAGCCCCUGACGCUGGCGGGCGAGGAGAUUGUGGCUCAGGGCAAGCGUGCAGACCCGCGGGGCCUGCUGUGCUACGGCGACGCCGUGGGGCCCGGCUGCCACUUCUCCAUCCCCCCGGCCUUCAGCGGUGCCCUGUCCAACCUCAGCGACGUGGUGCAGCUCAUUUUCCUGGUCGACUCCAACCCCUUCCCCUUCGGUUACAUCAGCAACUACACCGUGUCCACCAAGGUGGCGUCCAUGGCCUUCCAGACGGAGGCGGGUGCCCACAUCCCCAUCAGCCACCUGGCCUCGGAGCGUGCCAUCGUGGUGACGGUGCCCAGCAGCUCGGACCAGGCGGCCCGGGGGCUCCGCCGCCCCGCCGGCUCUGCUGUUCUCCAGCCCUGGGCCUCAGUUAGCGUUGUGGUCACCUCUGAGAAUAGCAACCCCGAGGCCGGGCUGCAUCUGCAGCUCACCUACACGGUGCUCGACGAGCGCUACCUGCCCGAGGAGCCGGAGCCCUACCUGGCCGUCUACCUGCAUACGGCCCCUCAGCCCAGCGAGCACAACUGCUCCGCCAGCAGGAGGAUCAGCCUGCGGGCGCUGGCGGGCGAGGACCACAGGCCCUACACCUUCUUCAUCGCCCCGGGGACCUGGGCCCCCGGCGGGCGCUACUACCUGAACCUGACCAGCCACUUCCGCUGGUCGGCGCUGGAGGUGUCGGUGGGGCUGUACUCGUCCCUGUGCCAGUACUUCAGCGAGGAGGACUUGGCGUGGCGGACGGAGGGGCUCGUGCCGCUGGACGGGACCUCUCCUCACCAGGCCGUCUGCCUCACCCGCCACCUCACUGCCUUCGGGGCCAGCCUGUUCGUGCCGCCCAGCCGUGUCCACUUCAUCUUCCCGGAGCCCACGUCCACUGUGAACUACGUGGUCCUGCUGACGUGUGCCGUGUGCCUGGCGACCUACGCGGUCAUGGUCGUGGUCCUGAGGAAGCUGGACCUGCUGGACGUCAGCCGGGUCCGCGUCAUCCCUUUCUGCGGGCAGGGGGGCCGCUUCAAGUACGAGAUCCUGGUCAAAACCGGCUGGGGCCGAGGCUCAGGCACCACGGCACACGUGGGCAUUGUGCUGUAUGGGGCGGACAGCCGGAGUGGCCACCGGCACCUGGACGGGGAUGGAGCCUUCCACCGGAACAGCCUGGACAUCUUCCAGAUCGCCACCCCGCACAGCCUGGGCAGCGUGUGGAAGAUCCGGGUGUGGCACGACAACAAAGGCCUCAGCCCCGCCUGGUUCCUGCAGCACGUGAUCGUCCGGGACCUGCAGAGCGCCCGCAGCACCUUCUUCCUGGUCAACGACUGGCUGUCGGUGGAGACCGAGGCCAACGGGGGCCUGGUGGAGAAGGAGGUGCUGGCAGCGAGCGACGCGGCCCUGCGGCACUGCCGGCGCCUGCUCGUGGCCGAGCUGCAGCGCGGCUUCUUCGACAAGCACAUCUGGCUGUCCGUGUGGGACCGGCCGCCGCGGAGCCGCUUCACACGCGUCCAGCGGGCCACCUGCUGCAUCGUCCUGCUCUGCCUCUUCCUGGGUGCCAACGCCGUGUGGUACGGGGUUGUGGGCGACGCAGCCUACAGCCCCCGGCCUGUGUCCAGGCUGACCCCGCUGGGCGUGGACACCGUGGCCGUCGGCCUGGUGUCUAGCGUGGUGGUCUAUCCUGUCUACCUGGUCAUCCUGUUCCUCUUCCGAAUGUCCCGGAGCAAGGUGGCAGGGCCCCCGAGCUCCAUGGCACGGCCCGUCCUGGACACCGACAGCUGCCUGGACUCGGCACUGGACAGCUCCUUCUUCACGUCCCCCAGGCCUCGGGCUGAGGUCCUUGCUGGACAAGUGACAAGUGACUUGUUUCUGGGCGACUCUAAAAGCCUGGUGUGCUGGCCGUCCAGCGAGGGCACGCUCAGCUGGCCAGACUUGCUCAGCGACCCAAGCAUUGUGGGCAGCACCCUGCAGCGGCUGGCACGGGGUGCUGAGGACGAGGGCCUCUCUCUGGCCAGCCCCUCUUCGCCAGCCAAGUAUUUCACAGCUGCAGACGAGGCCCUGACCCGGCAGAACCUGGCCCCCACCCAGGACACCCACGGAGACGCUGACCUGCUCGGUGGCCUGUGCGGCACCCUGGGGGAGAGGACAGAGGCCCUGAUGCUGCAGAGGCUGGGCCCGAAGGGGCUGCCUGGCCCGGGCCUGAGCUGGGAAGAGCCCCCCGCCGCGUUGCUCCCCAGGACAGGGCUGGUGGAGGGGCUGCGGAAGCGACUGUUGCCGGCCUGGUGCGCUGCCCUGGCCCACGGGCUCAGCCUGCUCUUGGUGGCCGUGGCCGUGGGGGCCUCGGCGUGGCUGGGGGCUGGGUUCCCGCCCCGUGUGAGUGUCUCAUGGCUCCUCGCCAGCAGCGCCAGCUUCCUGGCCUCCUUCCUGGGCUGGGAGCCCCUCAAGGUCCUGGCGGAGGCUCUCUACUUCUCCCUGGUGGCCAAGCGGCUGCACCCAGAUGAGGAUGACACCCUGGUGGAGAGCCCGGCCGUGACGCCCGUGAGCGAGCGCGUGCCCCGCGUGCGCCCCCCCCACGGCUUCGCGCUCUUCCUGGCCAAGGAGGAGGCGCGAAAGGUCAAGAGGCUGCACGGGAUGCUGCGGAGCCUCCUGGUGUACAUGCUCUUCCUGCUGGUGACUCUGCUGGCCAACUACGGGGACGCGUCCCACCACAGCCAUGCCUACCACCUGCAGAGCACCAUCAAGCGGGAACUGGACAGCCAGGCCUUCCUGGCCAUCACCCGGUCUGAUGAGUUCUGGCCGUGGGUAUCCCGCGUGCUGCUCCCCUACGCGCACGGGAACCAGUCCAGCCCCGAGCUGGGGCCGCUGCGGCUGCGGCAGGUGCGGCUGCAGGAAGCGCCCUGCCCAGACCCCCCUGGUGCUGGGACGCUGGGGUGCGCGCCGGCCUCCGGGGGCUUCAGCACCAGCGACUACGGCGUUGGCUGGGGGAGCGCCGCCCACGAGCCCUCGGAGGCGUGGGCCUACUCGGCGCCGGACCUGCUGGGGGCCUGGUACUGGGGCUACUGCGCCGUGUACGACAGCGGCGGCUACGUGCAGGAGCUGGGCCCGGGCCUGGAGCAGAGCCGCGCGCGCCUGGCCUUCCUGCGGCAGCACGGCUGGAUCGACAACAGGAGCCGCGCCGUGUUCGUGGAGCUCACGCGCUACAGCCCGGCCGUGGGGCUGCACGCGGCCGUCACGCUGCGCCUCGAGUUCCCCGCGGCGGGCAGAGCCGUGGCCGCCCUCAGCGUCCGCCCGUUCGCCCUGCGGCGCCUGAGCGCCGGCCUCUCGCUGCCGCUGCUCACGUCGGUGGCGCUGCUGCUGUUCGCGCUGCACUUCGCGGGCGCCGAGGCGCGCGCCUGGCGCCGGGAGGGCCGCGGGCGCGCCGGGCGGGCGGCGGCCUGGGCGCGCGGGCUGCUGGUGCUGCUGACGGCGGCCGCGGCGCUCGUGCGCCUGGCCCAGCUGGGCGCCGCCGACCGCCAGUGGGCCCGCUUCGUGCGCCGCCGCCCGCGCCGCUUCACCAGCUUCGACCAGGUGGCGCAGCUGGGCGCCUCGGCGCGGGGCCUGGCGGCCGCGCUGCUCUUCCUGCUGCUGCUCAAGGCGGCCCAGCAGCUGCGCUUCGCGCGCCGGUGGUCCGUGUUCGGGAAGACGCUGCGGCGCGCCCUGCCCGAGCUGGCGGGCGCGGCCCUCGGCCUGGCGCUGCUGGCGGCGGCCUACGCCCAGCUGGCCGCCCUGCUGGUCUCCUCCUGCGCCGACUCGCUCCGGACCGCGGCCCGGGCCCUGGUGGCGCUGUGCCCCGGGGCCGCGGGCCCCGCGCUGUGCCCCGCCGAGGCCUGGCGCCUGGCCCCGCUGCUGUGCGCGGGGCUCUGGGCCCUGCGGCUGUGGGGCGCCUUGAGGCUCGGGGCGGUGCUGCUGCGGUGGCGGCACCAGGCGCUGCGCGGGGAGCUCUACCGCCCGGCCUGGGAGCCGCAGGACUACGAGAUGGUGGAGCUCUUCCUGCGGCGGCUGCGCCUCUGGCUGGGCUUCAGCAAGGUCAAGGAGUUCCGCCACAAAGUCCGCUUUGAGGGGAUGGAGCCGCUGCCCUCUCGGUCGUCCAAGGCCUCCCCGGACGCGCCGCUGCCCAGCGGGGGCUCCGAUGCCUCCCGCCCCUCCACCGCCUCCAGCCAGCUGGAAGGGCCCGGCGGGGGCCACAGCAGGCCUGGGCCGCGGGCAGAGCCGGAGCCCUCCCGCCUCCAGGCCGUGUUCGAGGCCCUGCUCGCCCAGUUCGACCGCCUCAACCAGGCCACGGAGGACGUCUACCAGCUGGAGCGGCGGCUGCAGCGGCUGCAGCAUCGCAGGACAGGCGGGUCUCCCGUCUCGUCGCCCCCCAGUCCCUCCCCAGGCCCACGGCCAGCCCUGCCCAGCCGCCUGGCCAGAGCCAGCAGAGGCAUGGGCCUGGGGCCGGGCCCCCGCAGGACCUCUCUGCGGGCCAAGAACAAGGUCCACCCCAGCAGCACCUAGCCCGGGCAGCGGCAGCACGCCGGCCCUGGCGCCGACCCACUCAGUAUUAUCGCCCGUCCUGCCCGCGAGGUGCCCGGAGCGCUGCGUCCUGGGCUUCAGCACUUUAGAGAGGCCCGUGGCCGCCAGGACCCAGGCUCCCUCCCGCCCCCUGGGGGAGGACGCGCGCAGGCCUCUGAGAUGCUAUUUAUUGCCAAGUCCUCAGGUACAGCGGGCUGUGCCCGCAGCGGUUCCAGGGCAGGCCUUGCCCCUGCUGAGGCUUCAGCUGCAGGGAGGGCACCCCGCCCCUAAGUUAUUGCCCCCCCGCUCCCCCCUCCCCCGCUGAGAGCAACGCGCCGAGUCUGUAGCGCCUGUAAUUUAUAAGGGUCUGGAAAUGUAUAUAUUUUUGUACGUCCUCAAGUUUCGCUCGGGCGGGGCUUGCCGUCCCCCACAGCCCAGGGACACCCCGGACAAUAGCACUGGCCGCCCCCCAACACCUGCCCCGGGCCAGCCCUGAGACCAACGGCUGCUGGCGCAGGGCUGAGCAAGGAGCGAGGCAAAGACGCCCCCCCGGGGGCUGGCUCCCGGGACAGGGCUGCGAGGCCCAGCCUGACCGUGUCUGUGGGUGCAGCCGCCGCUCCCCAGCACCCCACCCCGACUGACGAAGUCAAAUAAACGUGUUGGCUGAGCAACGGCCGAGUCUGAGUGCCGGGGUGGGCCCGGCC